AUGCAUCAUGCAAAGGAGGGGCAUUGCCUUCCGGAACUCAAUCCUGAGCUCAGUGAUCACGGGCUCGGCAGGCGGCAGAUCCAAGAUGCAGGGAGCUCAAAGCAGCCCGAACACGCACGCGCACACUGUGCCUUCACUCACUCACCACACGCGAGCCCACCACGACCACCUCUGUGGUCUGUUGCUACGCUGUCAGAUCCUGCCAGGGACCAGUCGACCUAUUCGAUUGCCUCGAUUUACGACCACGGUGGAUGGCCUGCCGCCACCACCCUGCUGCUGAUUGCGUAUUGUAGACCGGCAGGCGUCCCUGCCGUCAUCUUGACAAGGCCUAGCCGUUACAUGAUAGGCCCUGAAGGGCUGCACUCUGCUGCAUUGCAUGUUCGCGGACGACUGAGGGACCAAGGCACACAGGGUACACAGACGGGCAACGAGAGCCUGGUGCGAGCGAACGUGGCCCACACACGCACGUCGUGCAUGCACGGCAUGGUCAAGACCCGGGCUGAGAGGAAGUCAAGCCGUUGCAUAAAAGGUGGCCCGACCUGGACCGAGAGCAGGACUCCAGUUCCAGUCCAGUUCCUGUCCCAGCAGUCCCUCAAAACGAAACGAGGCGCCAAUUUCCACUUCCACUUCCGCACUUCCACCCUCUCACGCUCUCACCCGGACCGACUUGGAACACCUCGUACAAUAUCUCGUCGACACCGUCACAAGCAAGCAAGCAGCCAACGCCCGCCUCGGAUUGGACCUGGGACCUGGGACCCGGACCUUGACCUUGACCUGGACCUUGACCUGGACCUUGACCUGGACCCGACCCUGAUCGGCCCCGACCUGACCUCGGCAGCUGUCGAGUCCUCCUUACCCCUCACUCACCUACCCGGCACCAGCCCAAAGCUUGACUUGGACCGCCCUCACGAUCCGCAACCCCGUCUUUUGAACCCUCGACUCGAGAGAACCGGGGGCCUUAGCGACGUGUGCGCUUAG